AUGGAGAAAGCGGCGGGCGAAGGCGGCGGCAGCAACAGCAGCAGCCGUAGCAGCAGCCGCCCCACGUCGGCGGGCUCGUCCCCCUCGUCCUCCUCCGCCAGCCGCGGGCUCCCGGGCCGGGCGGCGGCCGCGGGCAGGCUGGAUGGAGGCGGGGGCGGCGGCGGCAGCCCCGGCUCGGCGGCGGCCAGCCCGGGGGGCGCGCAGGCGCCCGGUGGCGGCAGGCGGCGGGAGCCGGUGCUGGAAGGGACGCUCAGCAAAUACACCAACCUCCUGCAGGGCUGGCAGAGCAGGUACUUUGUGCUGGACUUUGAGACGGGGAUUCUGCAGUAUUUCAUGAAUGAACAAACUAAAAACCAGAGCCCGAAGCCACGAGGAGCCUUGUCUUUAGCUGGAGCUAUAAUAUCGCCCAGUGAUGAAGUGCCACACAUGCUGGUGGUCUACUCUGCUAAUGGAGAGAUGUACAAGUUAAGAGCUGCUGAUGCAAAGGAAAAACAGUACUGGAUAACGCAGCUUCGAUCCUGUGCCAGACAUCACAAGGAAAGUGAUUCUAAGAGCAUCUCAUCCUCACGAAGUAGAAGCUCAUCUCUGCUGCCACCUGGCACAGUUAAUUCUGCAUCUCCGAGUGGCCAGAAACACACAAAUCAAAGUGGGCCAACUGUUGUAACCAUCACACAUCACAAGUCACCUGCAGCUGCUCGAAGAGCGAAGAGCCAGCGAUCUGGUCAACUCCAUGAAGUCCGAGAGAUCAUGAGCCAAGCUGAAGGACAACAGAAGAAUCUUGUACAAGCCAUUGAAGCUCUCCCAAAUUCUGGACCCCUUACUGCCUUGGAUCAGGACUUGCUCCUUUUAAAAGCUACCUCUGCUGCCACCCUGAGCUGCCUUGGAGAAUGCCUGAGUCUACUACAGCAAAGCAUGCAUCAAGUGGGCCAACAGCACAACAGGACACUGUCAUCAGAAGGUAUCCUGGGAUGGCCUGGGCCCAAGUCACACUCCACAGAGGAACUGAAAAAUGGUGCUCUCAGCUCCUUAUCAUCUGCUAGUGCCAACAUUACAUGGGCAAUAGAACCAUCUGCAGCCCAGGAUGCACAGGCACUGCAGCCAAACACUGAGCAUUCAGCUUCUGAGUUGAUCCUAGUUGAAGAUGAAAUGACAGAUACUGAAGAUAAUGAAGAGGAGGAUUUAGGAGUCAUGGAUGACCAACGUAGUGUAAUUCUCCACCUCAUCUCUCAGCUAAAACUUGGCAUGGAUCUUACCAGGGUAGUGCUUCCAACAUUUAUUUUGGAGAAAAGAUCCCUGCUGGAGAUGUAUGCAAAUUUCAUGGCCCAUCCAGACCUGUUUUUGUCAAUUGCAGCUGGAGCCACUCCCGAGGAAAGAAUUAUCUGCUUUGUGGAGUAUUAUCUAACAGCUUUUCACGAAGGCCGAAAGGGAGCAGUUGCCAAGAAGCCCUAUAACCCUAUAAUUGGUGAAACGUUUCAUUGCUCGUGGGAUGUGCCUAAAGAUAAAGUGAAAGCUUUCAGAACUAACGGUGCCUCCACGGCUUCUAAGGACUCAGCCAAAGAGCUCGGCCAGGACCAGUCCACGUGCUACAAGCUUAGGUUUGUAGCUGAACAAGUGUCUCAUCAUCCACCAGUAUCCUGCUUUUACUGUGAGUGCAAAGAGAAGAAAAUGUGUGUGAACGCUCACGUGUGGACCAAAAGCAAGUUCAUGGGCAUGUCAAUAGGUGUUUCUAUGGUAGGUGAAGGUGUUCUUCACUUGCUGGAACAUGAAGAAGAGUAUGUCUUCACCCUGCCCAGUGCCUACGCUCGCUCAAUCCUUACCAUCCCGUGGGUGGAGCUUGGAGGGAAAGUCAACAUCAAUUGUGCCAGAACAGGCUAUUCUGCCACAGUCACCUUCCAUACCAAGCCCUUCUAUGGAGGGAAGGUCCACAGGGUUACAGCUGAAGUGAAGCACAAUCCAACAAACACCAUUGUGUGCAAGGCACAGGGAGAAUGGAAUGGCACCCUGGAAUUCACUUACAGCAAUGGAGACACCAAAGUGAUUGACACCACCAAACUGCCUGUAAUCAGGAAAAAGAUCAGGCCUAUAGCAAACCAAGGGCCGCUGGAAUCGAGGCGCCUGUGGCAGCACGUCACCAACUCUCUGAAGGAGGGGAACAUCGAUGCCGCCACGGAGCACAAACACCGCCUGGAAGAGAGGCAGCGGGCAGAGGAGAGGCAGCGCACGGCACUCACAACUCCCUGGAAACCCAAAUACUUUGUCAAAGAGGGUGAUGGUUGGCUGUACGUGAAUCCUCUCUGGAAGACCCAUUGACAGGAGAGAGAGUUGCCUCGUAACUUUACCUGAAAGGCAUUAAAAUGAUACAGUAUGUAACUUCAGGAUGUCCCUUGGAUAGGCCCUGUUCCCAGAAGAUCCUCAUGGGAAGUUAUGUACUGUGAAUGAUGCAUCUCAAAAUAACCACGAGCUCGAGAUUAUUCAGGAGCCAUUUUGUGUGUGCAGAUCCACAGACACACAGGCACACGUCCCUAUGUACCCAUGGUGUGCAUGUGUUGUGUGUGUUAUUUACACUACAUGUAAACAGUUCCAACACCAAUAGCGACUCAAAGACCUUUUCCUCCAAGUGUUAGGGCACAGGACCCUGGCUGGACUCAGCCGGGGUUCCCCAAGUUGUGUGCUUGCAGGAUCAGGCCCUAUGCUAGUAUUUAAGAAAAUACUUUUUUAUUAGUACUGGUUAAGGUUUUUCUAUUUUUCACUUUUGCCAAAAAUGUUUUGCACUUACAACGUGACGUGUCUCUUAAUGGCAGUCGUUCUGUCUGAACAGUCACUGAGAAACUCACUUUGACAUAAGAAUGAUCCACUGGCUGUGCUCGCUCUGGCUUGCUGAGUUCAGGGCGUGUUUCCUGUCACUGACAAGUGUGAAUUUCCCGCCACCCUGUAAGAAGUAGCAAUACCUUCUCCAGAACAUUGUUCUUCACACC